UGGCGCGCAACGCCGUGCACACUCACGACUUUGGGACCGUGGCGCUCGACACGAGGGCCGCGGCCUGGGCGUAGCUGCAUUCGGUUCCUUGUGUGGUGCAGCUGGAGCAUUUCGGCCUCAGGCCAUCGCACUGCGGACGUGACCAUCAGCACUGCACACUGCACGUGGACCGAAGAGCGCAGCACUUACUCUGGACUUGCGUGCCCUGCACAAGCCGCACGCCACGGGUACCCUCUGCCUCUUGCGCGGAAGCUGUCCUUCAAGGCAGGCCGCAUCCGCCGAGCCGUGAUCAAGCCCCGUCUGUUCCAUGGUGCUUGUGGUGUGUGGCUAAUGGGCGGAACUGCCGUCGGUGGGGAGACGACUGGAACCAGCGGUUUUAACUCCGCCGGCUGAUCCGGGCGCGGCCCCAAACCCCACCGCUAUCUCCCCGUGGCCAAGCACCAUGCCGACGCCGUUGCCUAGUCCGGGGGCCCCCAUGUCUAUCAGUUGCCGAAGCUGGGCGUCAACGCUGCUCGACCCUUGCAUAUAUGAAGACGGACCACCAAGCGAUGGCCUUUCCAGCUGAGGUCUGCAGACAUUCCCCACUUGGAAACGAUCAAGAUGACGUCCCCCGCAGUUGCCGAGUCAGCCACGGCCCAAGAUGCAGUGGCACAGCUCCUGCGCGCGGCCGAGAGCAACCACACCAAGCCGCUCUGGUUGCAGAUGAGCCGGCUCAACCCUCCGCUGCCCAACCCAAGGUGCACGCCAUUCCUGUGGAAGUAUGCCGACAUUCGUCCCACGCUCAUCGGAGCCGGCACCCUGGUGGGCGAGGCGCAGGCUGAGCGGAGGGUGCUGAUGCUGGUGAACCCAUCUCGAGAUGCGCCCUUUACCACCGACACCAUCUACGCGGGGCUCCAGCUGGUGAUGCCAAACGAGACGGCCGCCGCGCACAGGCACACGGCCUUUGCCAUGCGCUUCAUCAUCGAGGGCCAGGGCGGCUUCACUGCAGUGCACGGGCAGCGCAUCAAGAUGCAGCGCGGUGACGUCAUCCUCACCCCGACCUGGAACUGGCACGACCACGGCAAGGACGGGUCCGGGCCCAUGAUCUGGCUUGACGGGCUCGACCUGCCCAACUUUGUGCACUUUCCCGUGCACUUUGUCGAGCACUACUCGGCCCCGCGCUACCCGGCCGAGGACGCCGACACGUCCCAGUCGCCGCUUGUGUUCCCAUGGGUCCGCAUGAAGGCGGCGCUGGACGCCAAGGGGGGCGAUUAUGUCACUCUGCCCUACCUCCACGCCGAUGGCACCGAAGUAAGCAAAAUCCUCGGAGGUUCGGCCGCGAUCCUGAUGCCAGGAAAGAAGUCACUCAAGGUGCAGGAGACGGCGUCGUCUGUUUACCACGUCAUCGAGGGCUCAGGGCACAGCCUCAUUGGCAGCGAGAAAUUUGCAUGGCAGAAAGGUGACACCUUUUGCGUCCCAGCCUGGUACCCCUACGAGCAUUUCGCCGAUGAGGGACCGGAGCCGGUGUACUUGUACAGGUUUGACGACAAGCCCAUGCUGAGGGCACUGGGAUUUUACAGAAAUGCGGAAAUGGUUGUGGAAAGUCUUGUGUCCAAAUAGUAAAUAGCGCUCGACAUUAAAUUGAAUGGCGGAAUUGUUUCGGCAAAAAACCACCGCCCGACAACCAUAUUACAUGCAGCCAAUUCCAAACAGCUUUCCUAAAUAUAAGCAAUCUUCAU